AUGACGGAGAAGGACGAGUCACGACCUGAGCCGGUCGUCGACCAUGGCUCGCUUAACGGCGAUGCCUUUGAUAAAUCUGCCCUUGGAAAUGUUACCGAAGUCCAGGGCAAUACGCAUUUCCAUGAGACAGUCACUGCGGCGCCGCUGGAUCCAUGGUCAAAGACGAGCAUUCAGCUGUAUUUGAUCCUCAUGGUGGCAGCAUUUAACGCGACGGCAUCUGGUUUCGACUCUGCCAUCUUUGGCUCUAUCAAUGCUAUGACACAGUAUCAGAACUACUUCCACCACACAGAGCUUGGUUCAUCCACCGGCAUCAUCUUUAUGAUUUACACUAUCGGUAACAUGAUCGGCUCUCUCUUCACUGGCCCUAUUUGCGACCACUUCGGACGUCGUGCUGGUAUGAUGACUGGUGCUGUCUUCAUCAUGGUCGGUGCCAUCGUACAAACCGCUUCUAAGACGGACGCCUACCUUUUGGGAGGUCGUUUUGUCCUUGGAUUCGGUGUCUCUAUUGGAACCUCGUCUGCUCCCACUUAUGCCCUCGAGUUGGCUCCUCCUCAGUGGCGAGCCCGUGUCGUUGGCUACUACAAUACCUUCUUCUACACUGGUUCCAUUCUCGCUACCGGAGUUACAUAUGCCUCUGCCAAGAAUAACAGCACCCUCGCCUUCCGCCUUCCCAUGGCCCUCCAAAUCAUCCCCCCUUUCGUCAUCUUCAUCGGCUCAAUCUUUAUCCCCGAAUCCCCUCGAUGGCUCACUAUGUGGGGUAAGAAAGAAAAAGCUGCUGAAAUUCUGGCCAAGUAUCACGGCGGUGGCGAUACUAACCACCCGAUGGUCCGACUUGAGUUGCAGGAAUUUGAGGCCUCAAUUGAACUACAAAAGUCUUCUAAUGUGUGGAACUACUGGGCUCUAAUCAAAGACCACAACUCUCGUUGGCGAUUCACCAUGAUGGCCUUCAUGUCCUUCUUCGCUCAGCUUUCAGGAAACUCGGUUUUGACGUACUAUCUUCCUUCCAUGUAUAAGCUUCUGGGUAUCAUUUCUGUUGAUCGCAGACUGCUGCUUACUUUUGCCAACUCCAUCGUCUCUGCCACUGGUGCCGUUGCUGGCUCUGCUACCAAUGAUAAGAUUGGUCGCCGUACCAAGCUCUGGGUCGGCAGUCUUGUCCUUGCUGGGCUAUUCGCCGCAGUCACUGGAUUCUCUAGCAAAUUCGAGCAUGGCUCUGCGGGUGUCAGCAAGGCUUAUUCGAAUGCUGGUGUUGCUAUGAUUUUCCUUUUCGGUUGCGCCUAUUCAUUUGUUUAUACUCCUCUAACCGCUACGUAUUGUGCGGAAGUUCUGGCCACCCCUACUCGUGCCAAGGGUAUGGGAGUUCAUGUAAUUUUCUCAAACUCCGCAAAUCUUUACAACACCUAUGUUACUGCUAUCGCUCUCGAUUCUAUUGACUGGCGUUACUAUCUCAUCUUUGUUGGCCUCAAUCUCGUUUAUGCCUUCUGCUGGUUCUUCUUUGGCGUUGAAACUCGUGGCCGUACUUUGGAAGAGCUGGAUGAAGUCUUCAACGCUAAGUGGCCGCCACGCGCUGCUUUGAAGAAGCAGGUCAUGGUCAGGCAGCAGGACGGCCACCUCGCAGGCCUCCAUGACGAUGAGCUUGUUCGAGAAGUUUGA